UCAUGAUUAUAUUACAGUAUUAAAUUUUCAUGAGUGUUGCUUUCAGUUUUCAAAGAAUCGUCACAUUUCUCUUCGAAAAUUAAAAGAAAUAUAAUCAGGCGUGUCUUUUAUGUGUAAUAUAAUUAACCAGGACCUUUACCCACUUCCUUCCUUCAUUCUUCUUCGAGAUUAAUGCCGCGUGAAUUUUUUUUUUAUAAUCGUUCGCAUCAGUAAUUACCGUGUUUUAUAGUGUAAAUCUGUUAAUGGGUUGGCUAAUGUUACGUGUAGUAGUGCUGAUUAAACUGCAAAAGUGUCGUUAAAUAUCCGCCUCUGUCUGAGUUGAUUGAAGCCAGAAGUUUAUGUGAAUAUUAUUUAAGAAUUCGCUUCCUACCUAACAGAAAACACAUGGUGUGCGCAUUACAAAGAUCAAUGGUUAAUGUUGUUUAAGAAGACAGUCGUUCCUUAUUUAAUUUGAAUCAGGUGAUGCAUAUCGUAAUAGAUGCACCUUAAGAGGUUAACGGAGUUUGAGGAGUUAUCGUUGCCUGUUUUAAGCAGUGUAAGAAUGAGCGCAUUUGAUAUCACAGUUCUGCAGUACUUUACAGCCUAUGGCUUACCAGUGCUCAGCAUUGUAAGUUUUAUGCUCCUGAUAGCAAGAAAUUUAUCUCUUAUAAGAAGCUGGAUACUGUCAAGAGCGAUAUCUAGUUUUGAUGCAUCAUAUGAGAGUUGUUUGGUUGACCACAAGAAGUCUCUCUUCCUGCCCCUUCACGAUAUUGUGUCAUCAGACUGGAAACUCAGGAACAAAGGAUGUAUCCGCAUAGUGGAGAUUGGCUUUCGAACAGGAGAAAACAUCAAGUACUACCCUAAGAACAGUCAUCUUGUUGUGGUUGAUCGCAAUGUAUACAUUCAUGCAUAUCUGAACUCGAACCCUGGUCUCACAAGCAAAGUGAAUAUAGAGCGUGUCAUCUUGUCUUCUGAAGACCGCCUGGAAGCUAUCCCUGACAGCAGCGUAGAUGCGGUCGUGGCAACAUUUGUUCUCUGCUCUGUGACAAGGAUUAAUCUCAUUCUUAGUGAGAUUAAGAGGAUCUUAGCUCCGGGUGGCCUCUACUUGUACCUGGAACACUGCCCUGACCCCCGGGAUACAUUUCUCUACAAGAUGCAGAACUUCCUAACAACCACAAAACUGUGGCCAAUGAUAUUUGAUGGCUGUCACUUGAACAGAAAUGCACUGCAGGAAAUAAAGUUGGCUCAGUUCUCUGAUAUGAAUUAUCAGUAUGUUAUGAUAGACAGCGAGCAUAAUAAAUUUUCAAAACUCAUGAGGAUUCAUGUGAUUGGAACAGCAGUUAAAUAAACAGAACAGCCAGUAACUCCGAAAUGCAUCAGACUGGAGGAAACGUUUUACUUGCUCUGACUUUGUAGUUAGAUGUAAAGAGAAUUAGAUUUUGUCUAGGAUGUGAUGUUGUGCGGUCUGGUAGUUAGGUAUUGACAUUUUAUAGGAACCUGCCGCAUCCAUCUUCAGGAGAAAUGAAAACCAAUCUCUGAAGAUAGAGGCAGUAAGUUCUCGUGAAACAGUGGUAACAUUCUAUCAGAUUACACACCAUCAUAUCCCAAAAGAUGAUACAGUGGAAUCGCCAUUUAAUAUUCCUCUCUCUAUCCGUUUCCUCAUUUAACAAUCAGUUUCAGUGUUCCAAGUUCAGUGAGUUCAGUGUUGAAUUCUCUCUGUUGAACACUUUCUCCAGUUUAGUGUUCAGAACUACUGAUUUGUCAGAUUUGAAGUCCGCACAGUGGUGAAUGAAGAGCGGGGUCUUGCGUGUUGUAAUACUGUGUAGUUCGGAGAGCGCCCACUCUUUCGGAGGAAUGUAUCACCUUCGUCCUCAGGGUGGAUGAGUAAGGCAAGUAAGAAACCAGGAGAAACAGUUGGCAAGCUCAGUGGCCUAAGCGGCAGCUUUAGUUCGAUAUACUUUUGGAACCCUGGUCAAACUUGACACCCAGUGAACAUUCUUUUCUGUGGUCUGCUUGUUGCAGUGUUCAUUAAGGUCAGUGUUGGAAUCUUCAGAACUGAAGAACGCUGUUUUGUAAUGUUCAGAUCUGAUAAACUCAUUCUUUCCCUUGAAGACAGUUUAAGUUUGUGUAAGUUGGUAAUUCAGUCUGUGGUGUCUACAAAGGAUGGUAUAACAGUCUGUUUAAAUUGAUUAUCUGAGCAGCCCUUUGAAGUGUCCCUGAUGUACUCACUAAAAGUUGCGAUAUUGGACAUUAUUGUGAACUGUGAUAUGGAAAGAAGGCAUCUAGAAGACAUGCAGUUUCCUUGGGGAUGGCCGCCUUACUACAACAGGCUUGAAACUGUCGAUUCAUUUGAUAGAGCACCUAUCGCAGUACAUAAAGUUUACUGACUCCUGCCAGCUGCGAUAUGACCCUAGGAUCGACUCAGCCUCUAACGCCAGUGCGUAAGGCUGAGAACUUCACUGCCAUCUGUGAGCCGACUGUCUAGA